GAGAACUUACAAACAUGUCUGACUCUGCUCCUGCUGCCUCACCCAAAAAGAAGGCUGCUGCCAAAGCCAAGAAACAAAAGGUUGCAGCUACCCAUCCUCCAGUCGCCGUCAUGGUAGUUGCUGCCAUCAAGAGCUUGAAGGAGAGAAAGGGCUCUUCUCUUGCCGCCAUAAAGAAAUACAUUAACGUUACCUACAAGUGUGAAGCCGCCAAGCUGGCGCCCUUCAUCAGGAAAUACCUUAAGAAGGCCGUCUUAGAUGGACAACUCGUCCAGGUCAAAGGAACUGGUGCCGCCGGAAGCUUCAGACUCCCGUCAAAGGAAAAGGAAGAAAAGCAAAAGAAACCAAAAGUCAAGAAGCCCGUCAAAGCCAAGAAACCGAAAGUUGCCAAGCCCAAGAAAUCUCCCGCCAAGAAAACUAAAACAGCCAAGCCAAAGAAGGUCAAGAAAUCUCCCGCCAAGAAAACAAAAGCAGCCAAGCCAAAGAAAGCCAAGAAGUCUCCCGCCAAAAAGUCCAAAGCAGCCAAGUCCAAGAAAGCCAAGAAGUAGACAGUUGGUGGCAUCUUGAGAAAAAAACGGUCCUUAUCAGGGCCACCCCAAAUAUGACAAAAGAGGCUUAUCCUGCCAAUGUCGGCUUGUAAACACAAUUUGAAGACUGCUCAGCUUUCAAGUCUCCCUCG